AUGGCCUCGCAGUGCCGGCCGGACCACGGAUGCAGUGCGCCCAUGUGGGUGGUGAAGGUUGGCGACUUCCUUCAGUUCGACGAACUGCCAUGCCACGAGCAGCUGUUUGCCAGUGGUUUGCUGUGUCAGCGUCAGGAGGGCUUCUUCUGCAUAUUCGUGUCUCAUCAGUGGCUGGGUGUUACCCAUGCAGAUCCGAAAGGUGAGCAGCUUGCCGUCCUUCAGGCUGCUUUGCGGCAGCUCAUCGCAGGGAAGGACAUCCUGCCAGACGUCCUGGCCCAGUAUUAUGGCUCCAUGCCGCAAUUCAGCGAUUUUCACCGCCUGAAGGAGGCCUACGUUUGGAUGGACUGGCUCAGCGUUCCGCAGCAGGUGGAGCUCGGUUCCGUAGCGAAUGAGGAGGUUUCCGAGGUCUCGCCGGUCUCGACGUCGACGGCCUCGCCGACUUGCAGCGCUGCGAGUCAGGAGGACUUCAUCCAGAGCAUCCCGGAAUAUGUGGAGACAUCCGAUAUGUUCAUGGUGCUCACCCCGCAAUCCCGGCACGCCGUCACUGGAGCCAGCUGCAACUUUAGCAGUUGGUGCAGCAGGGGCUGGUGCCGACUUGAACUUUGGUGUAAGAUGCUCUCCAACGUGAAAAAACCAGCAGUCAUUGUCUUAUCUGCCGAUCACAUCCAGUUCGCCUCCUCCUUCUUUUGGAUUGACUACCCACCACAUGAAGGGGAGUUCUCCUAUGACUCGGAUCGAAGACCUGUCAGCCUGGUUGCCAAGAAGCUUCUCAGUGCCAAGCUGCGCUCCUUGCGCGCAUCUAAGAAGUGGGACCUUUUUCGCUAUUACAUGGCCAGGUAUGAAACUCUGCUGGGGAAGCCUUGGCAGAAGCGCACGCUUGAGGACUUCCGCAGGGACUUCAAGUUUGACUCGUUGGAUGUGCGGCGUGAGGCUAUGACCCCGUUGGCCUGCGCAGUUCUUUCUGGCGAUGCGGAGAUGGUGCGCGAGCUCUGCAAAAAGAAAUCUGAUGUGAACAAAUCGGCCGGAGCACUGUACGAAGUGUACAUUUACUUGCCCGUGUCGCCUCUGAUGCUUGCAGUGUUCCUUGGGCGCAAUCUUGAGGUAGCUACUGUGCUCUUGGAGCAGAAGGCAGAUUGCAAUGCCACCAACCCUUUCAAUAUGCAGGUCUUGAGCUAUUGUAGGUCGGAGGCCGCAGUUGAGCUUUUGAUCCAGCACCGGGCAGACGUGAAUCUGCAGAAGGCGCCGGAAAACUGCCCGCCCAUCUCCUGGGCGUGUUCCCUGGGUGCCCCCUCUGCGGUGAUCGCCCGCCUUCUGCACCAUGGCGCCCAGGUGAAUCCCACAAACCUCGGCUUCGCGAGCGGGCACCCUCUGGCAAGCGUGGCCCUCACAAAGUCCGUCAGUCCCUACGGCACCGAGGUGGUUGCCAUGCUCCUGGAUGCGAGGGCAGAUGCUAAUCGCCAAUAUCACGCCUCGGGCAUUUGGAGAGCCAGGGAGUUGGCGUGCAGGGCCAUUCUGAGACUCGGCGGGCGGAGGGUCCCGAGAGUCGUGCUCUGCUUCGCGGAGUGGUCGACGACUUCUUUAGGCUUUGCGUGCUUGAGCGGUGAUGUUGAACUGGUGGAAAUGCUCCUCGAGGCCAGCGCCGACCCUGAGAUUCCAAAUGAGCGUGGGCACACUCCUUUGCAGCUUGCACAGACCGAGGCGGUGGUAAAUGCCAUCCGUCACCACCAGACAACGUUUUCAAUUUGA